UUAUCUGGAGAGGCACUGAAAUUCGUUCGAGAGAUUACAUUUCAAAUGAAGAUCCAGCCAAUCGAUUUUGAUACAGCCGAAGAAGCAGCUCGGUUUGAGCUCGUGAAGCCGGUCGUGAAGUCGAAAUUGAAGCGACUGUUUGAGAGACAGUUCUCGAACGUACUGAGAAAUUCGGCAGAGAAGGCUAACUUUGAAGAAUCGAAUGUUAACAAGGACAGCUCCGACGGCGUCUCUUCUGAGUUGGAGCCUAGCUCUCUAUGCUUGGCGAAUAUGGUUCAGAAUUUCAUAGAGGACAACAAUGAGAAGCAAUUUAGCGCGUCUCGGUGUGGCCGCAGUCGCUGCAACUGCUUCAAUGGAAACUAUACGGACAGCUCCGAAGAGGAAUUGGAUCCUCAUAGUGGUUUUGGCGAUUCCAAUUUUUCCUCUGGUGGUGAGGCAUGGGAACUUCUGAAGAGCUUAAUCCCCUGUACGAAUGUUCAUGAGAGGAAUUUAUUAGCGGACACAGCCAGAAUCGUAGAGAAGAACAAGGUGUGCAAGCGUAAAGACAACUUAGCAAGGCAGGUUGUUACUAAUGGAUUGUUGGCCCUUGGAUACGAUGCUUUCAUCUGCAAAUCUCACUGGGAAAAGUCCCCCACACAUCCGGCCGGGGAUUACGAAUAUAUUGACGUGAUUAUUGGCGGAGAACGCUUAUUGAUAGACAUCGACUUUCGAUCAGAAUUUGAAAUUGCGCGGUCAACCAAAAGCUACAAAGCGAUACUCCAACUCAUUCCUUAUAUCUUCGUCGGCAACCCUUGUCGGCUUCAGAGGAUCGUAUCGAUCAUAUCAGAGGCUGCAAAACAGAGCUUAAAAAAGAAAGGGAUGCCUGUUCCGCCAUGGAGAAAAGCCGAGUAUGUAAAGGCGAAGUGGCUCUCUCCUCAUAUUCGUGCGUCAUCUUUGUCGAGUUUGGGUCCAGAUCCUGAGUCAAAGCAUACUCUUGGAAACAUCCAAAUCAAUCUCCGUCCCGGCGCUGAGAAAUCGGUGGAUCCUAACGAGUUGGGAGGGGUUGAGACUGCUGCCGUUGUAAAAGAAUGGAAACCUCCGGAGCUUAAGCCAAAAAGCUCAUCGAUUGGGGCUAGAAAUCUUAAGAUUGUAACUGGGUUGGCAUCGGUUAUUGAGGACUAGCCAUGAAAUUUUGGUUUUGUUUUUUUUAUCCUUUUUGAGUUUUUAACUACCGUAAAAACAAAUAGUUUAUACGCAACCUAUCAUGGUGUUAACCUUCAAAUCCCCUUCUGGUUUUUGUGUAAGGGUUUGGGUUUGGAUAUUACUGGUAUCAAUAAAAUUUGAAAGAUAAAUAGUUAAGAACUAUUAAGUUUGUGAA